AUGGCGUCAGUAGGUAGCUUUUCCUACGGAGGAUUCCAUGCGUCAGACUUAGACAUCCCCACUGAAUACAAGUUAUUGUCGAUGGAGAUGCAUGUCGAAAUGGAAAAACAUGAGAAACGACAUCAACCAAAAGCUCCUCGAAAUAAGGGACCAGAUGGCGGUGAUGCAGAGAAGUGUGGGUAUGUGGUCCACCAUAAUCCUUUUGUGGAUGUCGUAUUUGGUACUAAUGUUAGUUGGGUUCUCUUGGUUUCGGUGGUAAUGAUUUCUUCAAUGGUGUUUUGGGGGUAUCGAUUACCCGAUUACCCCGAUUAUUGUUCAUGA